AUGCAGUUCGACAAGAAAUACCUUCGGCAGAACCAGUUCCAAGCAUUACCUCUUGAGCUAGCACUUCAGAUUAUUGGAACCAUACUGGGCUAUAUGUUUUCCGCCUUGGUGACACCUAGUGCUUUGAUAUGGAUCAAACCAACUCAUCUUUGGUAUAUCAUUGGCAUUCAAGUAACGAGGACCGCUUAUGUUAUUAUCACGAGCGGCCGUGACUCAAACCAUCUCGUCUACCAAAUUGCGCCGAAGGACCCCAACUGGAUAUUUGUUGGUCCAGAGUUUCAUUCACUCCAUCAUGUCUACCCUGAUCGCUACAUCGGCUCGUUUAUCAAGGUUCUCGACUGGAUUUGCGGUACUGCCUACUCGUUCAGAGGCAAACGCUUUGUGAUCACUGGAGCAAAGGGGGGGUUUGGUCACGCAAUUGCUGCAGAACUCGAGCGUGAAGGGGUAAACAGCAUUCACAUGUUGGAUUCUGUUACUGAUUGGGAACAUGACAAUUUUGAGAAUGCAGUCCCACUGCUUUCUAAUUCCGACAUUCUGAUCCUAGCUCACAGCUUGGAAGACCAGGAUGAAGUUGAAUUGAAUUGCAAGUCAGCCAUUCGACUUGUCAAAUUAUUCAAGAAGCACAAAAUCACCAACCACCCCGGUCCAACACUUCCAGAAGUAUGUCACAACGAGAAUUCCUACCACAUGCUCGUUCUUUCUAUGCUGACCCCGACAUACUUUACCGCCAUAUCGUCCCAUCGUCAUUUUGCUCGAUUGUGA